AACCCGACACACAACACCGUCAACAUUAGUCACUAGUUGCUGUGCUUACCGUCCCCACAAUCACUUUUUGACUUCACGUCUUCCCUUCGCAGGCACCACAAAAGAGGAAUCAGAAAAUGAAGAUAAUUGACUUACCAAGCGAGAUCCUGCAGCACAUCGCAGCGACGCUCGAUUCCGUCGCCGACCUCAACGCUUUCGCGCAGACCUGCGCCCGCGCCUAUCAACUGGUCAGCCCUUAUCUCUACCGGUACGACGGCCAAUACUGCGGCGGGAUCGCAUUAUGCUGGGCGGUCGAGGGGGGCCGUCAGCAGACCGCGCAGAAAUUACUGGAAUUAUAUCGCCCCCUGCUGUCUGAUUCACAGAUGCAGUUCGUUACCCACCGGGCCCUCGUGCUGGCGGCGCAGUAUGGGCAUCCGACGAUCGUGCAGAUGCUGCUUGGACUGGGAUGCGUUGAUCCGGACGUGCGACUGAUUCCGAACUCCAAGGUGACACCGCUCAUGUACGCGGCGUCUGCAGGCCACGAGGAGGUGGUCCGCGUGCUUCUGGCGACGCAGCGGGUUGAAGUGAAUGCGCGAGACGCUUGGGGCGCCACCCCGCUGCAUCGUGCGGCGGCGGCGGCGGCGGCCGGGAGUUCUCCGAAUGAGGCGGUGAUCCGGCUGCUGCUGGCUAUCCCUGGCGUUCGCCCCGACCUUCGCGAUGAUCAUGGUCGGACACCGCAUGUCAACCCCCAUCCAAGGGAUGAUGCAGGCAACAUCCCAUUGUUCGAGGCUGUGCGCAACGGGCACGAAGCGGCAGUGGAUAUUUUGCUUCGGGCUGGGGGACAAGGGGAUGUUGAUGCGACCGACGAGGACGGACAGACCGCCCUGGCCAUGGCGGCGAAAGACGGCCACGUGGGAGUCGCGCGGCUUCUUUUAGCGGCGGGGGCGAGUCCCGAUGUCAAGGACACCUUUGGGCAGACUCCGCUGGUAAAAGCGGCGCAGGCUGGUUGGAAGGAGGUUGUGCAGCUUUUGCUUGCCACGGAGGGUGUGGAUCGUAACUCUCAGGAUGCGGAGGGUCGGACUCCGCUCUCAUGGGCGGCGGAGAAUGGAUUUGUGGACGUCGUCAAGGUGUUGCUCGCGGCGGAUGUCGAUCCAACUCUUCCUGAUCACGACGGGAAAACGCCUCUUGCUUGGGCGGAGGACUUUGGCAACGAGAUCUUGGCGGACUUGCUGUGAGGUCGGGAAUGAUAAGCAAUUUGAUGAAGCACUUAGUGGUGGGCUGAUAUGGAACGACUCCUUGAAUUCUUG